AUGACCCUGCGUUUCACAGCAAAUAGUGGACGACUGACGCUGAUAUCUGUGUAUGUACCAACACUUACCUCAGCUGCAGAUGCCAAGGAUCGGUUUUAUGAACAACUCGGUUAUGUGGUACAAGGACUGCACUCCGGGGACCGUCGAUGCAUCCUUGGUGAUUUCAACGCUCGUGUUGGUAAUGAUUUUGCCACUUGGCCUGACUGCCUAGGUAAACACGGAGUGGGCAAGAUGAAUGAAAAUGGUCUACGGUUACUUGAAUUCUGUCCAAAGUAUCAGUUGUGUGUCACCAACACACACUUUAAAAGCAAACUGAACCACAAGCUUUCCUGCAUGCACCCCCGCUCAAAACAUUGGCACCAGUUAGAUCUUAUUGUAACUAAGAGGAAAGAUCAUCGUUACUUUCUUCAUACACGUUCUUACCUUAGUGCAGACUGUGGCACGGAUCAUGCACUAGUAGCGACAAAAGCGCGCUUCGUGAGUAAAUGUUUAACUCUGCCAGAACACCUUGCAAAACAAAAAUUAAUCUUUGCCAAACAAGAAACACUGUUGUAG